UUUUUCUUCGCAAAUCGUCGACUUCCCUCAGCGGUGGCCGGUGAGUGUGAGUCAGUCCUCCUCGCGGUCUCGAGCAUCCACAACAAUUAAGAAUCGAUGGGCGACAAUAGCCGCCUUCAACUUAUAUAACUUGACUUUAUUACACCGGCACCAGUUCUAUUUGGAAUGCAGAUCCUCCGCACGGCUCCGCGUGCGAAAACUUUGCUCAUACGUUGUGUGAUAGUGAUCGUGUUUAACAUAAUAUAUUACACCACCUGAGAACAUGUUAAAACGACCUCGCCCGUCGGCUCACUUCGUGGUGUGGAUGCUGCUAGUUUACCCGAUCGGGUCGCAAUAUGCCAAUCCGAUGUCAUCGCUCCUGCAGUUCCUGCAGGAAGGAGCAAAUCAAAUGGACAGCGAACCGCUCGAUCAGAACACACUUCUGAGCGAAUAUGACUUUAUAAUCGUGGGAGCGGGAACGGCCGGCUGCGUGCUCGCCAACCGCCUGACAGAAGUGAGGAAAUGGAAGGUGCUGCUGUUGGAGGCCGGCACCAACGAAAACUUCUUAAUGGACAUUCCGAUACUCGCUAACUACUUGCAAGUGACCCCGGCCAAUUGGAAGUACAAAACGAAACCGUCGGACAAAUAUUGCGCGGGCUUCGAAAACAAGCAGUGCAACUGGCCGCGAGGCAAAGUCAUCGGUGGCUCGAGCGUCCUAAACUACAUGAUCUACACGAGAGGAGCGGCAAACGACUACGACAACUGGGAGGCCAUGGGAAACAAAGGGUGGGGCUGGGAUGAAGUUCUCCCGUACUUUAAGAAAAUAGAGAAGUUCAAUAUACCGGCAUUCGACAACAAAGAAUAUCACGGGCAGGAGGGGUUUUUGAACGUAGAAUAUGCGCCUUACCGGACGACCAAAGCAAAAUCUUGGAUCAAAGGGGCGCAGGAAAUGGGCUUCAAAUACAACGACUACAAUGGGAAAAAUCCUGCGGGUAUAUCGUUCCUGCAGUUGUCGAUGAAAAACGGUACCAGACACAGUUCCAGUCGAGCGUACUUACAUCCUAUAGCGAAAAGAAAUAAUUUGCACGUCAGCAAACUGAGUUACGUUACCAAACUUUUAUUUGAUGAAACUAAUUCUAAGGUCAUCGGCGUCGAAAUAGAAAAACGUGGAAUUAAGUUCAAAAUUUUAGCCAAAAAGGAGGUCAUUUUGUCGGCAGGAGCUAUCAACUCCCCGCAAUUGUUAAUGUUAUCCGGAAUAGGUCCAAAAGAACAUCUAAAAUCAUUGAACAUUCCAGUCGUGAAAGAUUUAAAAGUAGGGUACAAUCUUAUGGAUCAUAUAGCAGCCGGUGGUGUUCAGUUCCUUGUGCAACAGCAAAAUGUGAAAAUUACGUUUGGCUAUAUGAUGAGUCAUUUAGAUUUAGUAUUCAAAUGGAUGCAAACGCACAAAGGACCAUUAUCGAUUCCCGGAGGCUGCGAAGCUCUCAUUUUCAUGAAUUUAGCUGACAAGUUCAAUGUCACCGCUUGGCCGGACAUGGAGUUGCUAUUCAUAACCGGCGGUCUAAACUCGGAUCCACUGUUACCUGUUAACUUCGGAUUUGAUGACAAACUUUAUUCAGCGACCUAUGCGCCUUUGGGUGAAAAAGAAGCGUUUAUGAUUUUCCCCAUGUUAAUGCGACCGAAAUCUAAAGGAAGGGUUAUGUUACAAAGUAAAGACCCCAAAGCACAUCCAGUCUUAAUACCGAAUUAUUUCGAGGACCCCGAAGAUUUGCAAAAGAUCGUGGAAGGCAUCAAAGUAGCAAUCGAAAUCUCGAGGCAACCGGGUAUGAAAAAAAUAGGUGCAAAAAUAUAUGACGUCCCAAUAAAAGAUUGUUUGAAAUACGGUCCUUUCGGAAGCGAUGCUUAUUUUGCUUGUCAAGCUCAAAUGUUUACUUUUACAAUUUAUCACCAAAGCGGGACAUGUAAAAUGGGUCCCGAAGAAGAUCCUACGGCGGUCGUAGAUAGCCGUUUGAGAGUCCACGGUAUAUCAAACCUACGAGUGAUCGAUGCAAGUAUAAUGCCUGAAAUCGUGUCAGGUCACACGAAUGCUCCGACAUUCAUGAUAGCAGAAAAGGGUGCAGACAUGAUAAAGAGUGAUUGGAAAGAAAGAAAAUAACGUUAUGCGACGGAAUAACUUAUGUAUUCUUUUAGCGUAUCUUUGUGACUUGGGCACCUGGUGUGUCGUCGUGAAUUGUCGUCAACCCACCUUAUAUCCUAAUUCAUAAAUCGUUCAAUAGCGAGUCCAUGCUUGUAAUUAUGAGGUUUGGGGUGUAUGAUGUGAAUUGAAGAGAAACAGAAACUGUACUAAACAGUUGUCUAGCGAUAUUUUUAAAGUAGUUCCUAUUUACACCUAGCAAAUGUAAUACGAAGGCAAAGUUUGGCGUUCACCAUGUCACCACCAGCGUCUUCAUUAGUACCCGUAUGAAUUGCAUGAUUGCGCAAUAUUUCAAGACCUCGCAGCGGAGGUUCCGGCAGAUGGAGUAAGCGUACCUAGCAUAAUUAGGUAACGGAACGUUUAGAACUAAUUACAUUGUCUAGAUUUCGUAAUUAAAAAUUAAUUAAUUCAAACUAAUUCUAAAUUUCGAAAUAGCUAAGGACAUCUACAUUGAAAUUGACUUUGCCGAUUCGUAAUGUCAAAGCGUGACUGUGAUUUAAGUCAACAGCUUGCGAUAUGCUUGUACCAUUUUGCAUUUUGCAUAGACAGUCGAUAUUUUACUGUGACCAUAAUAAGUUUACUGAAGACUUUAAAAAUUGGUAAUUUCAUGAUUUUCGAUUAAUGAGUGAGGCAUGCAAAUCUAUGCAAAAGAAAUAUAUGCGUAUCACAAACUGUUACUUUCUGAUGAUAUAAAGUAAUUUUAUGCUACAUCUAGUAUUAAUUUAGUAGAUAAUAUUUAUUUUAAAAAUAUAAAGAAGGGUAUUAU